AUGGUCAUUCUGUGGAGAGUCCGAUCUCAGGAACAGUAUCACUUCGCCAUGAGCGGAAAAUCUUUCGCUGUAAUUAUCGAGCAUUUCCAGGACCUACUGCAGAAGCUGGUGCUUCAUGGGACUGUGUUUGCAAGGAUGGCACCUGACCAGAAGACUCAGCUUGUGGAGACUUUAGAAAGUGUAGAUUAUUUUGUAGGAAUGUGUGGCGAUGGAGCGAAUGACUGCGGGGCACUGAAGAGAGCUCAUGCUGGGAUCUCACUGUCAGAACUGGAGGCUUCAGUGGCGUCUCCUUUCACCUCCACAACUCCCAGCAUCACCUGCGUGCCCAACCUCAUCAGAGAAGGCAGAGCGGCUCUCAUCACCUCCUUCUGUGUGUUCAAGUUCAUGGCUCUCUACAGUAUUAUUCAAUGCCUCAGCGUCGCACUGCUCUACUCCAUUGGCAGUAACCUGGGUGACUUCCAGUUUCUCUUCAUAGACAUGGCCAUCAUUCUUCUGAUUGUCUUCACCGUAAUGAGUUUGAACUCUGCAUGGAAGGAACUGGUGGCCCGCAGGCCUCCCUCCGGCCUGGUCUCAGGUCCUCUCCUCUUCUCAGUCCUCACGCAGAUCCUCAUCUGCCUGGCUUUCCAGAUCAUUUCCUUCCUCCUGAUCCAAAGGCUGGACUGGUACUCCAAGCCUGAUAUCCUCAUUGUUGCCAUCGUCUUCUCCAAAGGAAAACCUUUCCGCCAGCCCAGCUACAAGAACUGUAAGGAUGAAUAUUGA